AUGGCCUCUUUACAGCCUCCCCCGGUGGGAACCUCCGCGGGAACCCCCGCAGGAACCUCCUCUUCAACCUCCAGCAACGGUUCAUUUAACACCCCACUAGAUACACCCUCGGAAAGGUCUGAUGCGGACGGGGACGCCCCCAGCGUGAAUUGGAAUCGUCCGGUAGCCGGUUCAUUGAGACUGCAGACUGAUUUUGGACCCGAGCAGCAUAGGUCGUCGGAGGAUGACGAGAGUAAAGACGAUGGUUAUGACACGCCGGAUGACUUUCCUCGAGAGACCCGGCCCAAGUAUACGGCCAUCGAGGAGCAACAGGUCGUGAAGAAGUUCGAUCGCAAGCUCGUUCCCUUCUUGGCUUUUUUGUAUUUGUUGUCCUUUUUGGAUAGAUCUAAUAUUGGAAAUGCAAAGAUUGCCGGACUCACCGACGAUCUCCAUCUCUCCUCCGCUCAAUAUGAGUGGGUUCUGACGGCUUUCUACAUUACCUACAUCCUUUUUGAAUGGAUGACUCUGAUGUACCGGCUGGUUCCGGCGCACAUCUACGUCGCCCUCUGCGUCUUCGGCUGGGGACUGGUCGCCUCCCUCCAGUCGAUCGCGACCUCCUUUGGCGCCCUCGUGUUUUUGAGGGCCGCCCUCGGCAUCGCCGAGGCAGCCUUUGGGCCCGGGGUUCCCUUCUAUCUCUCUCUCUUCUACCGACGCGAAGAGCUGGCCUUUCGGAACGGACUCUUCAUCUCCGCCGCCCCCCUCGCCUCGUCCUUCGCCAGCACUCUGGCCUGGCUGAUCGUCCGUCUCAGCCGCCACGGUCCGAUCUCGCCCUGGCGCACGCUGUUUCUGGUAGAGGGCUUCCCCAGCGUGAUCGUUGCGGUCGUCGCCUGGAUGGUGAUCCCCGACGCUCCGGGAAGUGCCUGGUUCCUGUCCCCGCGGCAGAGACAGGUAGCCCAGCUGCGCAUGGAAGCGAGCAGCACCAAAUCGGGGUACUACGGGCAGGCCCGAGAGAAGAAAAUCAACUGGAAGGAGGUUGGGAAGACGCUGGCCGAUCCCAAGUCGUACAUUGCUGCGUUCAUGUUCUUCAGCUGCAAUGUCGCCUUCAGCUCGAUGCCCGUUUUCCUCCCCACCAUCAUUGCGGACAUGGGCUACUCCUCCCUCUCCGCGCAAGCCCUCUCUGCCCCACCCUACCUCGUCGCCUUCGCUUCCGUCCUCUUCACAGCCUACAUCUCCGACCGCCGACGCAAGCGGAGCCCCUACCUCAUCCUGCACGCGCUCAUCUCCUCCACCUCGUACCUCCUCAUCGCCCUCACCAGCCACUUCCACGCGCACCUUCCAGUCCCCGCCCACCGACUCAUCCGCUACAUCUGCGUGUAUCCCGCUGUGGCGGGGUUCUUCUCGGCCAUUACGCUGAUCAUGACCUGGACGAUGGAUAACCGGCCCGCAACCGAGGGCAAAGGCGCCGCCAUGGCCGUGCUCAACCUCAUCGGGCAGUGCGGCCCGCUGCUCGGCACGCGCCUCUACCCAGCUUCCGACGGUCCAUGGUACGUGCGUGGCAUGGCCACCUGCGCGUUCUUCAUGCUGCUGGUCGCGGCGCUGGCCGUCGUGCUGAGGCUGCUUCUGCAGCAGGAGGAUGAUGUGAUUGAGCUGGAGGGUGGGGAAAGUGAGGUGUUGAUUGGGGGCGGUCAGGUGGAGGCUGCUCCUGGAGAGAAGUUCACUUAUAUUUUGUGA